AUGGUCUUUGCAGAGUCUGUCAGGGCUGAGACAGCCCAGUGUCGUGGACCGUACGUACGCCUGCAAUGGGUACGUGAUAUAUAUGAACGCCAAUGCCAGGCAGGUCAUUGGACAGCUGCGGCUUACGCAUACCUUCUUCAUCUUCUGGGUUGCACUCUGUUUGCUAACAAGAGUGCAACCAAUGUGCAUGUUGUCUACUUGGAGGCCCUUCGUGACCUCAGUAUGACAGAGAGGUACGCCUGGGGAGUGGCUGCUCUGGUGCAUAUGUACGACCAGCUGAACGAUGCAUCUAUGAGCCACAACCGACAGCUUGGCAGUUACAUCACACUGCUGCAGUGCUGGAUUUACGAGCACUUUCCGUCAGUUGCGGACUCCACUACUGAUCAGGACUACGACAAGGAUUCUCCGCGUGCAUGUAGGGAGCACCGAUUGGUCCGGGACUUCCACGUCAGAUCAUGCUAUUUCGGUCUCUUGCGUUGUGGGCCUGUUGUUGUUUAUUACCGACCAGAGAGGGUCGUGCGGCAGUUUGGAUACACGCAAACCAUUCCUUCUCCUCCUGUCGAUUCAUGGGUCUCGUAUGAUGAUAUAAACGACAGGUGGAUGCACUACUCGGAUCAUAUCGUUCCAGCAGGUGAGGUGUGCGCUGUGCCAGGUCAGUGUGCCAGUGACUACAUGAACUGGUUCUUCCGCAUCUCGCAUCCUUUCAUGACACUAGGCCACGCAUCAGAUCCUCUGCCUAAUGGUCACGCCCCGCAGCCUCGUGUCGUCCCUCAGGCCCCGCAGACGGAUAUCCCUCACGUGUCGGAGCCAGGAGCAUCGUCGACAUCUGUGGAGGAGCCUAGACAUACAGUGGAAGUUUGUGAUGACAUUGCUGAGAGGUUGGAGCGUCAUCUGAGUCUAGGGGUGGUCACGCCAGGUUCAUCGACACAUGAGGUGAUCGAAUAA